AUGAUUCUAGCCAAUCCUAUACCAAACAAAGCCAAUGAUAUUGCAGCACUUUCUGCCGAUCCUUUCGAAAGCGCUGCAGAAGAUUUGGGACUCACGUCGCCGAGUAUCUCACACCCGGCUACAGCCACACUGAACUCAUUCAACGCUGUCAACCUCUCGAGAACGUCAACUCCAAACCACUCCCAUUCAUCUCUGCCCUCUCCCAGGAAUACAGCGGCACACGUCCAGACAGGGAAGUAUCUUCUUCUCGCUCAACCUGGAAUGGAAGAGGAUAAAAUUUACUCGCUGAUCAUACAGCUCCAGCAGCCAUCAACUCGUGAGACUGCCCUGCUUGAAUUAUCAAAGAGGAGAGAAGCUUACGAUGAUCUUGCAUUGGUUUUAUGGCACUCUUUCGGUGUUAUGAGUGCCUUGUUGCAGGAAAUUGUUGCCGUUUAUCCACUCCUUAGCCCUCCUUCACUCACCGCUCACGCCAGCAAUAGAGUCUGUAAUGCACUCGCUCUCCUUCAGUGCGUAGCCAGCCACAAUGAGACGAGAGGUUUGUUUUUAUCUGCACACAUACCGCUGUUUUUAUAUCCAUUCCUCAACACCACUUCGAAGUCUCGCCCAUUUGAGUAUCUCAGGUUGACAUCCCUCGGUGUGAUUGGUGCGCUGGUCAAACAAAAUGAUAACAGCGAAGUGAUCAAUUUCCUUCUCUCAACGGAGAUUAUUCCACUCUGUCUCAGAAUCAUGGAAACAGGAUCCGAGUUAUCUAAAACGGUGGCAAUCUUUAUCGUACAGAAAAUUCUACUCGAUAAUUUAGGUUUGGCAUAUAUAUGUCAAACUUACGAGAGAUUCUAUGCCGUUGGAACAGUUCUCGCGAAUAUGGUUAAUCAAUUGGUCGAGACUCAGGCAGUCAGACUUUUGAAACAUGUAGUUAGAUGCUACUUGCGUUUAUCUGAUAAUCCAAGAGCUAGAGAGGCACUUAGGGCAUGUCUCCCUGAACCGCUCCGUGAUGCAACAUUCUCAGGACUACUUAAAGGCGACAUGGUCACAAAGAGAUGUCUGGCAACUCUCCUACUUAACUUGUCUGACAGAAUUGAGUGA